ACACAACCUCGAUGUCACAAAUUGAUUAAUUUCCUUUUCUGUCCCCUCUGGCCGACCUGCAGCACAUGGUAAUAACCCAGAUUAAAUCUGCUCCAGGGCAGAGAAGUUGACCAUUAACCUCCCCUACUGAUUGUGUGCACAUCUCUACUUGUAAGCAGCUGAUUCUAUACAGUGGAUCCUGUAGCAAAGUUCGCUGUCACAGGCAGCAGAAGUCUGUCAAACGACAGGAGCUUGCUCCUUCCUCUGGAUUUCUACUCUGUUCUCCCAGUUUUUGCCAUUUAUAUGAGUAAAUCUGCAGCCAUGGCUACAGCAAGUUAUGGAUACUACCGAGGCACUAUAUUUCUGGCCAUGUUCGUAGGCUACACACUUUACUACUUUAACAGAAAGACUUUCUCCUUUGUGAUGCCUUCUCUAAUGCAAGAAAUAAAGAUGGAUAAGGAUGACCUGGGCAUGAUCACCAGCAGUCAGUCUUUGGCCUAUGCUAUCAGUAAGUUCAUCAGUGGCGUGCUUUCAGACCAGAUCAGCGCCCGAUGGCUCUUCUCUAUUGGCCUGUGCUUGGUGGGAGGCAUCAAUGUGGUUUUCUCCUGGUCCUCCACUGUUGCUGUCUUCUCUGCCCUGUGGUUUGUCAACGGCCUGGGCCAGGGACUCGGCUGGCCUCCCUGUGGCAGAGUGCUGCGCAAGUGGUUUGAGCCCUCACAGUUCGGGACAUGGUGGGCGAUUCUGUCCUGCAGCAUGAAUCUGGCUGGCAGCUUGGGCCCCAUUAUUGCCACAGUGCUGACCCAGAGUUACAGUUGGAGGACAAUACUGUCGGUAUCUGGAAUGAUUUGUGUGGUGACCUCGUUUUUCUGCCUGCUGCUCAUCAAGAAUGAGCCCAACGAGGUGGGGCUGCCCAACAUAGAGGCAACAUCCAAGAAGAGCAAAGGAGGAUCCUCCAGUACUUUAAGCACCCUGUCCGAGUUUCUGCUGUCACCUUACCUGUGGCUGUUAUCUAUGUCCUACCUGGUGGUGUUCGGGGUGAAGACGGCUUGCACCGACUGGGGCCAGCUGUUUCUCAUUCAGGACAAGGGCCAGUCUCCACUUAUGGGUAGCUCAUACAUGAGUGCCCUGGAGGUUGGAGGCCUGUUUGGCAGUCUCGCAGCAGGUUACCUCUCUGACAAAGCGGUGGCCAAACAAGGCAUGAGAAUAUAUGGCAAUCCCCGUCAUUUCAUCCUGAUCUGCAUGAUGGCUGGAAUGUCUGCGUCCAUGUACCUGUUCAGAGUCACAGUAACUGCUGACAGCUCAAAGGUGUGGAUACUCAGCUUGGGUGCUGCUUUUGGUUUCUCCUCUUACGGACCAAUAGCGUUAUUUGGAGUUAUAGCCAAUGAGAGCGCCCCAUCUAACUACUGUGGGACAUCACAUGCCAUUGUUGCCCUGAUGGCAAACGUCGGUGGCUUCCUGUCUGGACUACCAUUCAGCACCAUUGCCAAGCACUACGACUGGGAAACAGCCUUCUGGGUAGCAGAGGUCACCUGUACCAUCACCACUGUUGGAUUCUUCCUGCUGCGCAACGUCCAAACCAAGAUGGGUCACGUGUCCAAGAAGGCUAACUAAAACAUUAUUACCCCUCAUCCUCUGCACCCAGAGGAUACUAUGAGCCAUCACUGUAUUUUUUGAUUUUUAUUUUAUACCACAGUAUUUUCUGUCUUACAGGACAUAAACAUAAAUUAAGCUCAAAUGAGUUGAAUGCUUUUUCUUCAAAAACCUUUUUUGGAAGGUGUUAAGCUACAUACAGUAUUCACAGUAUGUAAAACAUGGCCCCAAUAAGUAAAUGCCUUUACAUUAUAUAUAUUAUGUAAUGAAUUGUGGCGAAAACAAAACUAGAAUAAGUUUUCUCGCCAAAGGCCACUGCAGUAUUACAUUGAUAAGAGCAUAAAACUAGAACCUGGUUUAGAAACUAGUAUAUAAUACAAUAUCUGUUCAAAUGAAUUGAUAUACAAGAUGUACACAACUUUUGUUUGGUAGGCAAAAUGUGUAUUCUUUCUUAUGAGAAAAGUCAAAGGCUUGAGUAAAUGAUACUUUUUUUUUUUCAGCCACAUUCAUAGUUUAUGCUCAAUGCCCAAAAGAGUAUAGUGAGGACACUCACUGAUUCCUUAUAUAUUCAGCCAAAAGACAUAUGAAACGUUUAAAGACAGUAUGGUAUUUAAUCUUCAAGUAUUUACAAAAA